UCUUUUUUGCCUGAUUCUCUUUGUUUGGCCUCAUUUUUCAUUCGCUUCUUGUUUGGUUGCAGAGGAGCGCCACCAUCCUGCGCUGCGUGACAUGUGUGCCCAUUUUUAUCUCAGCGUAAUGACACAGUUAUUGUAACGCGCACGUCGGAGGCUGGAACACGGUCGCUUCUUCUCCGCCUCUCAGAGCCCCGUUUGGUGCCGUUUGUUUUCCUCCCUGAUCCGUCCGCGCGCAGCAUCUGUCAGCACGCACGGCGCGCGCCGCAGACCGACGCGCAGCUUCACCGAACCCGCCGAGCCUCCGGUAACCAAGCAGCUUUCGCCUCCUCCGAGGACGCACCGCACGGCUGCUCUGCGUCACACGACGGAACCGACGGAUUUACGCGCAAACGCAGCACACGCAUCCAGCACCAGGACCGAAGAUGUUGGCCGGCGGAGCAGUGCAGCAAAACGGGAUUUUCUCAAAUCCUCACCAUCACAGUCAGCAGCCGCACAUGGAGUCCGACCCUCCGGACUCGCGUAAGAGACCUCUGGAGACUCCGACGGAGGCCAGCAGCACCAAGCGCACGAACACGGGAGUGGCCUUCCUGCAGCCCCUAUUUGAAACUGAAGGCAUUGUAUUCCCUCAACAAGACACUGACACUCAUGAGGAAGGAGAGUACUUCCUGAAGGUUCUGAUUCCCAGCUACGCUGCAGGCUCUAUCAUCGGGAAGGGAGGCCAGACCAUCGUUCAGCUGCAGAAAGAGACCGGCGCCACCAUCAAACUGUCCAAAUCCAAAGACUUCUACCCUGGGACCACAGAGCGGGUGUGUCUGAUCCAGGGGACGGUGGAGGCACUCAACGGUGUCCAUGACUUCAUUGCUGAGAAGGUGAGGGAGAUGCCUCAGAGCAGCCAGAAGACAGAACCAGUCAGCAUCCUGCAGCCGCAAACCACUGUCAACCCGGACCGCGUCAAACAGGCUAAACUCAUCGUCCCCAACAGCACAGCAGGACUCAUCAUUGGUAAAGGUGGAGCGACAGUCAAGGCAGUGAUGGAGCAGUCUGGGGCAUGGGUCCAGUUAUCUCAAAAGCCUGAGGGUAUCAACCUACAGGAGCGUGUUGUUACCAUCAGUGGAGAGCCUGAGCAGAACCGCAAAGCUGUGGAAAUCAUUGUCCAGAAGAUCCAGGAGGAUCCGCAGAGUUCCUCAUGCCUCAACAUCUCCUACUCCAACAUAACAGGGCCAGUUGCCAACUCCAACCCCACUGGUUCCCCUUAUGCCAACUCAACUGAAGUCAUGCCGGCCGCAGCAGCUGCUGCGGCUGCUACAGCUUCCUCUCUACUUGGCCAGGCCAGCCUGGCUGGGGUUGGGGCCUUCCCGACCACCAUGUCCAGCCUGUCAGGCAAUGACCUACUGGCCAUCACCUCUGCCCUCAACACCCUGGCCAGCUAUGGCUACAACACCAACUCCCUUGGCCUAGGGCUUAACCCUGCUGCUGCCUCAGGAGUGCUAGCUGCUGUAGCAGCCAAUGCUAACCCAGCAGCUGCCGCUGCAGCUAAUUUGUUAGCAUCCUAUGCCAGCGAUGCGUCAACCAGUGCAGCUCACCCAGUGACCAGUCUUGGAGGCUUUUCCCUGGGAUCACUGGCUGCUGCUACAGGAGCCACCAAUGGCUACUUAAGCGCUGCAUCACCCCUGGUGGCAUCCUCUCUUCUGGCCACAGAGAAGCUGGCGGAAGGAGCCAAGGAAGUGGUAGAGAUUGCGGUACCAGAGAAUCUUGUGGGGGCCAUUUUGGGGAAAGGAGGGAAAACGCUAGUGGAGUACCAGGAGCUGACCGGUGCCAGGAUCCAAAUCUCCAAGAAAGGCGAGUUCAUCCCUGGAACCCGGAACAGGAAGGUGACCAUCACGGGUUCCCAGGCUGCUACACAGGCUGCACAGUACCUGAUCAGCCAGCGGAUCACCUAUGAGCAGGGGGUACGUGCCACCAACCCACAGAAGGUGGGCUAAACCUGACAGCCAGUGAAAAAUGAGGAGGCAAAAAGAAAAAAGAGUGGGGGCAUGGGGGAGGAGUACAAGAAUUUGAGAGUGAGAAAGGAAAAAGGAGAGGAGAGCAAGAAUGUCAGAAGGAAUCAUCCACGCCGUUUUCUUCUGCCUGUUUUCAGUAUUAAUAUUUUUUUUUCAACAUGAAGCAAAUAUGUGCUGAGAAGACGAGGAGGGAGAGGAGCGAGUAUCAUGCUGAAAAACCAA